GCGGUGCUCGGCUACAGGAGAGCUGCUGGAGGGCGGCUGGAGCCAACACCGUGUCCCCUCACCGGCAGCCAGAGUAUCCCACCUCAGAGCUGCGAUGGUGAUGCUGGCUGUUCUGAAACCUAUCCUGCUCCCACUGGUGCUGGUGCUGUGCCAGGUGGCUCCCAGCACACAGGAGCCACUCGAGGUGCAGCUGCGGCUGGCAGGGCCUCGGGGACCGGCUGGGGAGGGCCGCCUGGAGGUGCUGUAUCAAGGCCGCUGGGGCACCGUGUGUGAUGAUGGCUUCGACUUCCACGUGGCCACCGUCGCCUGCCGGCAGCUGGGCUACACCGCAGCCAUCACCUGGACCCACAGUGCUACUUACGGCCAGGGGGAAGGUCCCAUCUGGUUAGACAAUGUGCAGUGUGGGGGCAAUGAGGUCUCCCUGGCCGACUGUGCCCACAACGGUUGGGGCACGAGUGACUGCCACCAUGGUGAGGAUGCUGGUGUGGUAUGCUCAGGGCAGCGCCUGCAUGGCGACCUCCCUUUGACAUCAGCCCCUGCUGCCCUGGGAGAGGGGCCAGGGCUGAGCCUGGAAGAGGUGCGGAUCAAACCCAUCCUGGCGCGGGCUAAGCUGAGCCUGCCAGUGACGGAGGGAGCGGUGGAGGUGAAGCACAACGGGCGCUGGAGACAGGUGUGCGAUGCCGGCUGGACCCAGAAUAACAGCCGCGUAGUGUGUGGGACGCUGGGCUUCCCCCGUGAGAAGCACGUCAACACCAGCUUCUACCGGAAGCUCUGGAACAUGAAGCUGAAGGACCCCAACUCCAGCCUGAGGAACCUGAGCCAGAAGAGCAGUUUCUGGGUGCACCGUGUGCAGUGCCGGGGCACAGAAUCUCACCUGUCACACUGCCCCACACAGCUGGCUCCCCCAGCCCUCAGCCAGCAUGCCUGUCCCCGUGGCAUGCAUGCCAUCGUCAGCUGCGUGCCCGGCCCUGCCUUCCAGCAGGACAAGAACAGGGGCAAGAAACCUCCCCGCAAAGCCUCCCUGGGAAAGGGUCUUCCUGUGCGCCUGCGAGCUGGUGCCCACGCUGGUGAGGGCCGGGUAGAGGUGCUGCACCACGGGCAGUGGGGCACCGUGUGCGGCCGACGCUGGGACCUGGCAGCAGCCAGCGUGGUGUGUCGGCAGCUGGGCUAUGGCACAGCCAGGCAGGCGCUGCUGGGAGCACAGAUGGGUCAAGGCCUGGGGCCCAUCCACAUGAGUGAGGUGCACUGCAUCGGCCACGAGCGCUCCUUGGCUGAGUGCCGCUUCCAGGAUGGUGAGCAGAGUGGGUGCCGGCAUGAUGACGAUGCAGCUGUCCGUUGCCAUGUGCCCCACAUGGACUUCCAGAGCCAGGUGCGCCUGGCCGGGGGCCGCAGCCCUGAGGAAGGUGUUGUGGAGGUGCUGGUGCCAGUGCAGGGCAGGCUGCAGUGGGGCGCAGUGUGUGGAGCUCAGUGGGGGCUCAACGAAGCCAUGGUGGUCUGCAGGCAGCUGGGGCUGGGCUUUGCCAGCCAUGCCCUACAGGAGACCUGGUACUGGGCAGGCAGCCCCGAUGCCUCACAGGUGCUGAUGAGUGGAGUGCGCUGCACAGGCACAGAGCUGGCCCUGCAGCAGUGCCAGCGCCAUGGCCCUGUGCACUGCCCCAGUGGUGGGGGACGCUUUUCAGCAGGGGUCACUUGCACCACCCAUGCCCCGGAUCUGGUGAUGAACGCCCAGCUGGUGCAGGAGACAGCUUACCUAGAAGAUCGCCCGUUGGGGCUGCUGUACUGCGCGCAUGAGGAGCGCUGCCUGUCCCGCUCUGCUGACACCAUGCAGUGGCCCUACGGCCACCGCCGCCUGCUCCGCUUCUCCUCCCAGAUCCACAACCUGGGCAGGGCUGAUUUCCGACCACGGAUGGGACGGCACGCCUGGACCUGGCAUCAGUGCCACCGGCACUUCCACAGCAUCGAGGUCUUCACCCACUAUGACCUGCUGACGCUCAAUGGCUCCAAGGUGGCCGAGGGGCACAAGGCCAGCUUCUGCUUGGAGGACACUAACUGUCCCGAGGGACUGCAGCGUCGCUUUGCCUGUGCCAACUUCGGGGAGCAGGGGGUGAGUGUGGGCUGCUGGGACACCUACCGGCAUGACAUUGACUGCCAGUGGAUCGACAUCACUGAUGUGCCACCAGGCAGCUACACCUUCCAGGUGGUGGUGAACCCCAAGCAUGAGGUGGCUGAGUCAGACUUCUCCAACAAUGUGCUGCGGUGCCAGUGCAAAUAUGAUGGGCAGCGUGUCUGGAUGCAUGGCUGUCACACAAGUGAUGCCUACGGUGCUGAUGUGGUGAAUGAGAUGGAGCGGCGCGAGCGCCUGGCCAACAACCUGGUGUAAGAUCCCGUCUCUCCC